AUGGCUACAACAACCUUGUCUCUGCCGUCAACCAUGCAGGCCGUCGUGUUUGACGGCCUGUAUAAGAUCUCGGUUCAGGAUCGACCCGUGCCUCAAAUCCGUGAUGACAGGGACAUUGUUAUUAAAGUGCAUGCUGCAGGCUUGUGCGGAUCCGAGCUUCACAUCUAUCGCGGCCACCAACCAUCAGGCGCGGGCUUCAUCAUGGGCCACGAGUUCACUGGAACAGUUGUGCAGGUUGGCUCAGCUGUGAAAACCAUCAACGUCGGUGACAAGGUCGUUGCCCCGUUCACAGCUUCAUGCGGCGAUUGCUUUUUUUGUAACAAUGGCUGCUCCGCCCGCUGUGUUGAGAGCCAACUAUUUGGCUGUGAAACUCUUGAUGGAGGACAAGCCGAGUACGUCCGAAUCCCUAUGGCUGAUGGGACCGCUGUCAAGGCCCCCAAAACAAUAUCGGAUGAGGCUCUCCUACUCAUGGCGGAUAUAUUUCCCACGGGAUUUUACGGUGUCAAGAGCGCCAAAGAACUUGUCCCUUCGCAAAACAUCCAGGAAGCUACGUUGGUCGUCAUAGGCUGCGGUCCUGUUGGACUCUGUGCUAUCUUGGCAGCCACUCACUACAAGCCUCGCCACCUCUUCGCCAUCGACAGUGUUGACAGCCGCCUGGAGCAGGCUCGCAAGCUCGGCGCAGAGCCUCUCAACUUCGAGGCUGACAGAGCAGGACUCGAGGCCAGAAUAAAAGAGGUAACAGAAGGACGAGGCGCUGACAUGGUAGUCGAAGUUGUCGGGCAGGCACCCGCUUUGAGAACGGCGUUUGACAUUGUGCGGCCAUUCGGUGCCAUAAGCAGCAUCGGUGUUCAUAAUAAGGAGAUUCCAUGGACAGGUGAUGACGCAUAUACGAAGAACAUUCGAGUGCAGAUGGGUCGCUGCCCAGUGCGCAGCGUUUUCAACGAAGCUCUUAAUUUGCUGGAGCAGAAGCAAGAUCAAAUUGGCUUCUUAUUUGACCACAAGUUACCGCUUGCACAAGCUCCUGAAGGAUAUGCGCUCUUCGAGCAGCGCAAAACACAAAAGGUGAUUUUCAUGCUAUAG